AUGCUGAAAAAGAAGGAAAAACUCGAGCAAAUGCGUGAGCUCGGACGUGGUGGUCUAUCAAAGGGAUUACACUUUCUUCGAUCUGCUGCUGUUAAUUCUUCUGUAGAGAAUAAUGAGACGUUGAUGUCUAGUACAGCGUCCGAAGGCGAGAGUGAAACGCAGACGACAAAUCGUAUGACGUAUGAUGAGUUAGUGGCGCUUAGUAUGAAGUUAACGAGGCAAAAUAAGCUGAUGAAGGUCCAGUAUCAGAAGAAUCAGAACAACUUGAUAGCAGCCGAGACGAAUAAUGUGGAUGUCCAGAUACUACGAGGUUUUUUAGAGCAUGAGGUGGGAUUGGACGUGACGGCGUGUGUCAAGAAGGCCAGUAGUUUAUCUGGAGGUACUAUUGAUAUGAAGGCACUGACUGAAAAGUACCGUAUCUUGGCGGCAUUAAAACAGCAGGAAUUACAACACGAGACGAAAGCGCACGUGGCUGUAGAGAGUGUGAAUUUAUUGGAGUUAUCACCUCUUGUGACAAAGAAAAAGUAUGAAGAGAUUGAUCUAGUAGGAGAUACAGGAGAGAUGAAACAGAUGAACGAGGUCAUGGAACAGAUAGAGAGAAUGAGUGAGCAGUUGAAACAAGGGACUGAGUACACGAAGAAGCUUGAGCAGAAGUUAGCCGAGAGAGACGAGCAACAAGAAGUUGCAAGAAGAGUGCUAGAAGAGGAAAUAAUGAGGCUAAAGGAACAGGAAGAGCAGUGGCGGGAAAAGUGGGAAGAACAGAGCAAACUUGUGGAUGAGUUGAUGGGCAAACAAGAACAAGGGGCUGCUGUUUCCACUGCAUCUACGAUAGCUUCAGAAGUGGAAAACGAAGUGAUGCAGGAGACGAAAGCACUACUGGAGGUGCAACGAGCUGACUUGGAAGCAGCAAAUGCAGAGAAUAAAUGUCGUUUGGAGCAAAUCCAAAUGCUGCAAGAAACUGCUUCUACUACUGGCGUGUUGCAGGACAAAGUGAAGGAGAAGAUGGCGACCGCGUUAGAAGCGCAACAAUCUGUGCUAGAGGCGACAAAGGCUGAGAAUGCGAGGCUUCAGGAACAAGUCCAAGCGCUGCAGGAAGCUUCCUCUACUAUUAUCUUGUCGGAGGAUGGAGUGAAGGAAAAGGUGUCGACCGCGUUAGAAGCGCAACAGUCUGAGCUAGAGGCGGCAAAGGCUGAGAAUGCGAGGCUUCAGGAACAAGUCCAAGCGCUGCAGGAAGCUUCCUCUACUAUUAUCUUGUCGGAGGAUGGAGUGAAGGAAAAGGUGUCGACCGCGUUAGAAGCGCAACAAUCUGAGCUAGAGGCGGCAAAGGCCGAGAAUGCGAGGCUUCAGGAACAAGUCCAAGCGCUGCAGGAAGCUUCCUCUACUAUUAUCUUGUCGGAGGAUGGAGUGAAGGAAAAGGUGUCGACCGCGUUAGAAGCGCAACAGUCUGAGCUAGAGGCGGCAAAGGGUGAGAAUGCGAGGCUUCCGGAACAAGUCCAAGCACUGCAGGAAGCUUCUUCUACUAUUAUCUUGUCGGAGGAUGGAGUGAAGGAAAAGGUGUCGACCGCGUUAGAAGCGCAACAAUCUGAGUUAGAGGCGGCAAAGGCCGAGAAUGCGAGGCUUCCGGAACAAGUCCAAGCACUGCAGGAAGCUUCUUCUACUAUUAUCUUGUCGGAGGAUGGAGUGAAGGAAAACGUGUCGACCGCGUUAGAAGCGCAACAAUCUGAGCUAGAGGCGGCAAAGGCCGAGAAUGCGAGGCUUCAGGAACAAGUCCAAGCGCUGCAGGAAGCUUCCUCUACUAUUAUCUUGUCGGAGGAUGGAGUGAAGGAAAACGUGUCGACCGCGUUAGAAGCGCAACAGUCUGAGCUAGAGGCGGCAAAGGGUGAGAAUGCGAGGCUUCCGGAACAAGUCCAAGCACUGCAGGAAGCUUCUUCUACUAUUAUCUUGUCGGAGGAUGGAGUGAAGGAAAAGGUGUCGACCGCGUUAGAAGCGCAACAAUCUGAGUUAGAGGCGGCAAAGGCCGAGAAUGCGAGGCUUCAGAAGAAAGUUAAAGCAUUGCACCAGACGACGUCGAUUUGGACUUCUGAAGCACAGAUGGGGGAUGCUGAAGGCAUUAUCAACUCACUGCGUGCAGAAAUUGAUUGUUUACAAGGUAUGGUGGCGGCAAAAUGCGAUAGCGAAGGCUUACAGCAAGAACUUGCGGUAUUGAAGGAGCAAGCGCAAAUGCUACAGGAAGAGUUAUGUCAAAAAGACUCGAAUAAUGCGGCUGAUGCCGUCUUGAUGCAAGAGCUGGAACAAAUAAGACUAGCAUCAGCGGAGCAAGCUCACGAGAUGCACGUAUUGCAAGAAAAGCUAUACGCUGCUGAAGAGCGCUUGGCUAAGGCAAACAGCGACGGUGAAGCCACUCAGUCACUCGUGAAGGCCCUUAAGGAUGACACGAGUCGUUUGGUUGACCAGGUAACUCAAUUUGAAGAAAAGCAAGUGGCUUCGGAAGAGAAGAUCUCAGCAUUGACUGAAGUAAAACGCGAGCUCGAGGAGCGGCAAGAACACGCACACGAAGCGAAAGCGACGAUGGAGAAACAGCUGGAGGAGGAACGUGCCUACUGGACUUCUAAGCUUGAAAAUCUGAUUAGCGACACUGAUGCGGCGAAGAGUAAGACUGAAACGCUCGAGGCUAAGCUGCGUAAAAAGGAGAAGCAAGUUACAAAGAUGGCAGCUUCUCAGACAUCGAUGACAUCAGAGCUAAUCGAGUUACAGAAGCAGGUAACUAGCAUGCGCGAAGAUCUAUCGAUGGCUGCUGAAGGCCUCGAGGCGCACGCCACAAAGGCCGAGGAAAGUGAGCGCCGAUAUCUCCAGAGUGAGAAGGAGGUGGCGAAAUUGAAGAAGCAACUGGAUGAAGUGCACGAAGAGCACCAUGCAAAUUUUGAAAUGCUGCGUCAAGAAAAAGAAGCUGAAUUGAAGAGUGUUCAUAUUGAGCGCCGUGCAUUGAGUAAAGAGAAGAAAAAGCUUUUGCGUGAAAAGGAAGAGCUUCAGGCUCGGUGCAAGGGACUGGAAUGCGAGCUGGGGAUGGCGCGCAAGCAUGAAGAGGAGUUAGAAACAUCUUUGAGUGACAAGACGUUCCAAGUGGGCAACCUGAGCGCAGAUUUGGCUGAGAAAAAGAAAUCUCUGUCUGAUCGCAUGGCACUUGCGACAAGAUUGCAGACUGAAAACAUGGACAUGGCCGGUAAGCUGGCAGAGCAGGUGGUCCUCAUUGAAAGCGCGCUACGCGAUGCAGCGAAUAGCAAGGCUGCGCAAUGUGAAAUGGAGAAUCAGGUGCAAGUCGCCAAAGCAGAUGUACAGCGGAUGAAACAAAGUGAAGCCAAGGCCAUACACGAUCUUGAGAACGUACAGCGCGAGAUGGUAAACAAAGAUGAAAGCUUUCAGCUGGAGCGGGAGAAGACUAAAGAAGUAUUGCAAGCUGCCGUGAGAAAUGAAAAACAAAAUUUUAGACGCGAGUUUGAGCGCCUCGAAGCCGAGAGCAAACAGAAAUCGAAGUUGGCGCUGCAAGCGGUCCUACAAAAGGAAAACGAGAUUACACGACUUCGUGCGCGCCUUGAUGAAUUGGAGGAAGAUGUUCGCUCGGGUGGUGCGGACAAUCGUAAAAUCCUCGAAUUUGCUGAAUUGCAAGCUAAGCGAGAGGUAGAGGCAAGGACGCAAGCAGCGCAAAUGCAGGCACUGACUGAGCAGCUCGAGGAAGCUUAUCGUGAGCUGCAGGAGUUGCGUGAGAAUAAGCACCGUCAUGCUGAGGAGCUCAAUGCAAUGCUGCAGGAUCAGCGGCGUGACGGUGUUAACAUGGAGUACUUGAAGAAUGUGGUCGUGCAAUACAUGUCCUUUCAACCAGGCUCUUCACAGCAGGAACGACUAAUUCCCGUACUAUCUACGUUGCUCCAAUUCACGGCCGCUGAUGUCAAGGAGAUUAAAGAUGCAGCGACCCGUGGUAAUAGCUGGACAUCGUGGAGGAGCAGUGACGCCAGUCUUGAUUACAAACCUAUCGUCGUAGGUGGUAGCCACCGUCACCCGAUGUCUCCUGCAUCGUCUGCCACGGGGCGAACAUCUACGCUUGCCAGGAUGGCCUCUGCACCUAUGUCGCCUCCAGAGUCAUCUCGAGCGUCUAGCUUUCUCUUGCCGAACGGCAGUAACGGUGAGUCAACAGAGCGCUGA